GCCAGGUCAGACUGGGCCCGAGGCUGGCGUCGCUUGCGUGAGCGACUGGCGCCGCUGAAGAAGAAGCAGCGUCCUCAAAGGUGCGUCCUUUUGCCUCCUUGCCUGGGCCUGCGACGCUGUCACAAGGGUCGCCUCUCCAUUGGCCCAGGGCCACUUUGCAGUGGCCCCCUUUCCCUCCCCUCGCUCGGUCCGAGACAGGAGACAUUGCUUCCGGCCAAUCAUCGGGGAAGCAAAUCUUCACUGCACAGCCCUUAUUCUCCGGCUCUGCUAUUGCUGCUGCUGCUGAACACUGCCAGUGAGAGCACUGCUGCUGCUGCUGCUCGAACCUCUGAUCCGUGUGGAGACAGGCACAGUUUAUAAGCGAAAUUGCACAGCAAUCAAUCUGUUCAAUUCGCGUGUUUUGAUCCACUCGAGCUCAGGCAGUUCUCCAAAUUCGAAUUCAUCGUCAGGCCCCGUCCCCGCGCCCCAGGCCCAAAAUGGCCCCGAGGUUGCUGCUCUCGUCGACAUGAUCAGCGUGGAGGAUGGGGAGCGAGAGCAAUUGUUGUCCGGCGCAUUUGCAGCUGCAGCAGACAGGGCGUUCGUCCAGCUUGUGAAGGUGUAGUAGUUUACGAUGGGCGGAUUGGGCUCGCAUGUGCGGGCGCUUGCGUCCAACCGAUGGUUGGUGCUCGCCGCUUCAAUUUUGACCCAGGCAUGCUCCGGAGUGGGCUAUGCCUUCGGGAGCUACUCUCCCAUCGUCAAGAGCACAUUGGGCUACAACCAAAAUCAGAUUAGCAGGUUGGGCGUGGCCAAGGACAUCGGCGACAACGUGGGCAUUCUGGCCGGGACAUUGUGCGACUAUCUGCCGACUUGGGGCCUGUUCGUGUGCGGCGCCGCCCUCAAUCUCGUCGGCUACGGCUGGCUAUGGCUCAUCGUCACUGCACAAGUUCCUCCCCCGCCGUUCUGGGUGGUGUGCGUGAUAAUCCUGAUGGCGACAAACGGAGAGACAUUUUUCAACACGGCGGCGCUCAUGUCGUGCGUCAAGAGCUUUCCGCACCAUCGCGGGGGCACCGUGGGGAUUUUGAAGGGGUUUACGGGGCUGAGCGGCGCCAUCUUCACGCAGCUGUACGCCUCGUUCUUCUACCCGGACCAGGCGAAGUUCAUAUUCCUGGUGGCCGUGGGGCCGUUCAUGGUGGGCAUCUGCUUGAUGUUCGUCGUGCGACCGAUCCCGCUCACCGACACCAGCUCCGCCAGGGCCGACGACAUGAAGUUCAAUUUCAUCUACAGCGUGUGCUUGCUCAUCGCCGCCUACCUCAUGGGCGUCAUCAUCGUCAACGACGUGUUCGAUGUGAGCCAGCUCGCCAGCAUGUGGUUCGCCUUCGUGCUGCUCUUCCUGCUCGCGCUGCCUCUGGGCGUGCCACUCUUCCAAAUUCUCGUCAUCCAUCCGAAGAAGAAGAAGAGGAGCAUCCCCUCGGACGCAGAGAAUGCGGGGGGUGACCCGAAGGCUGCUCCCCUGCUCGACGAGAGCGACGAGCAGGCGCCAGAGGUGUUUCGGAGCUCGAGCAGCAUGGAUCUGGUGGAAUUCAGCGAGAUGGAGGACGAGGCUGCGAAGCCCGACGUCUCUGAGAGAGUGCGGCGCCGACGGCUGCAGAAGGCGAGCACGGAGCUGCUCAAGGCCGUGGCCGAGGGCGCCGUGAAGACGAAGCGGAGAAAAGGUCCUCGCCGAGGUGAGAAUUUCACCGUGGCGCAGACGCUCGUGAAGGCUGAUUUCUGGCUGCUCUUCUUCACCUUCGUGUGCGGCUCUGGGUCCGGGCUCACUGUCAUCGACAACCUCGGCCAAAUGGGCGAGUCCCAAGGAUACGCCGACGCCCGAGUCUUCGUCUCCUUGAUCGGCAUUUGGAGCUUCUUGGGCCGAAUCGGCGCAGGCUGGGCUUCAGAAAUCGUGGCUCGAAAGAUGGUGCUGCCAAGGCCUGUGAUCUUAGCGGCUUCCGAGACAGUCAUGGCAAUUGGGCAUCUCAUGUUCGCGAUGGCGUGGCCGGGGUCGAUGUACAUCGCGUCGUUGCUGGUGGGGUUCGGCCACGGAACGCACUGGUCAGUGGUGCCGGCCACUGCGUCCGAGCUCUUCGGCCUGAAAAACUUCGGGUCCCUGUACAACAUUCUCACCAUGGCCUUGCCGACCGGGACGCUAGUGUUCUCGGGCCUCAUCGCCGGACCCAUUUACGAUCGAGAGGCAGCGAAGCAGCACGCCGAUGCGCCUCUCGUGCAGACCGGCGAGAACGACGAGCUGCUGCAAUGCAUGGGAGCUGUCUGCUUCCGGCUCACCUUCUUCAUCAUGACGGGAGUAUGUCUCGUGGGAGUGUGGCUCAAUCUCAUCCUCAUCAAAAGGACCACGGGCGUUUAUCAGACCCUCUACGGCAAGCAAGACGAAUCCAAGCCCGCCAGCCCGAGUCCUGGGCCCAGCAAUUUGGCCGUCGUGACAGAGGAAGCUUAAGACAUUUUUUCAGCUGCCUAAAUUACCUCUUACUCCAAGGUUUCAAUCCGUGGGUCCCCGAGCAUUAUUAUAGCAGGGCCGACAGGGUGCACAGAUUCAGGGGAAUGCCAGAGACAAGACGGUGAUGUUAACUCGCAUUGUCACAUUAUCUUGUGCCAUGAUGUUCAUUAAUCGACGCUUGAGCAUAGGAUUCGGUGUGGCCGGAGGAGUGAACGUGACGGGUGACGGGUGAAAGCGGUGCAAGGAUGCUGCUAUGCGUUGCUAUUCCUACUAAUGUUGCGCAUGGGAGGUAAUCCAGGAUAUAUUCUUCGCAGCUUCACCUGUCCCUUGUAACCGUGAGUCAGAAUCGUCACGACUGGUUACAUACUCUGCCACGAGAGAAGCUGUAGGGAACAGGGCUAGAGGGACUUUGCUUAUUGGUGGCAAACCGUGAUCAAGGCUCUGGCAAGUUCCACGAUUCAGCUGGUGCAAAGUUGGAUCUGACAUGAAGGUAACAGACAUAGAUACGAUCCUGAGCAUGGAAAGCAGAGGAACGGACGACGGGUCGUAGAAGCGGUCUGCUUGUUCCAGCAGGUUGUGCGAGAUGUAUAAUUGAGUAGAUUAACAUUCGGGAGCAGGCUCAGGCCAAAGGUGAAGGAAUUUAAAGAUAUUCGCCCUUAAGUUUCUGCCAGUGGCAGUGCACAUUUAAGAUAGUCUCGUUUCUGUUGAAGCAAUUGUGAGAAGCUAAGGUUACAAGAUCCUGUAGGCAACCAUUGCAGGUAAGGAGAAUCGCUGUGCUGAUUCAUACAUUUAUGCCCCUACUAAUUCUCUAAGGUAUCGAUCGAGCUAACUUCAGCAAGCCAAGGUGGACUUGGCUCUGGAUUAGUUACCCAGCAAGUUACAGUCGCCCACGUUGCCGGGAACCCUCGGCAAGCUAAGAGGUAUUUUUUAGAAGGUUGAUCCAGAUCUACACCAGAUCAUCUCAGAGCAAUACUUUACCAUUGCCUUGUGCUGCUGUAUAUAGAGUACUUUUUCCCAACCCAUGAAGUUGCAGCAUGCUGACAGACCCCAGCUUUACACGCAAGUACCUCAAAGGAUCGAGCGGAAGUAUCGCUUAUGAUGUUUCUGGUUUCUGGAAUAAAAUCAUGACACAUUUUUCUGAUAUUC